AUGUCGGCCGUUCUGGCUUACAUCAAACAAUGCUUCCUCGGCGUAGCACGGGGUGUGGGCAAGUUCUUCAAAAGUAUCGUGGACUGGCUCAAAUUGGCAUAUUCACCCAAUCCGUACUACCGUGGCAACAUGUUGACCGCCCUGGCCGUCAGCGGGCGACCCCCUUUUGAAGGCAGCCUGCGCAUGGUGAUAUCACAGGUGUUCCAACCUUCCGACUGGUCCGUCAUGGAAGUGUCCGUCAUAAAGCCCAACGGUCCCCCCUUCAAGGCAGUGCUGAAGAUGUUUGACCGCCGGUUCUCGCCCUGCGUGCAAGGCCUGCGGCUCCGUAGGGGCACCGGCGAAUGGACACCCGAGUUUGAGGAGGAGUUCGUCGACUACGUCCGCCGGGGCGCUGCCAAAGAGUACCUCUGGAGGAGCGAUGACGACUUUGAGGUAGAGGAUGUCCCGAGGAAGCUGAACAGGCUCGAGGAGGAGGUCGAUCGGCAGACCGAGUGUGAGACCAUCUGCAACGAGCGGGCGAGCCGCUUGCAAUCUCGGAUGGGCGCGGAGAAGGGCAUCAGGUUGCCCAAGACGUAUUGCAUGGUGCGGAUGGCGAUUCAACAAGAUUUCGAUAACCGAUUACUCGAAGUGACCGGGAUACUCAUGGAGUACGUGCCGGGAUUCAGCUGCGACCUCACAGAGUGA